GAUAAGCAAAGAAAAUAAAACGACCUGUUUCACUCAUUUCUCACAGUAGUACAGUAACACAGCUUUUGUUUUCUUUCUCUGUCUCUUUCACAAAUCCCAGAAAUUGAUAAUUGAUUUUACCCCAUGUGGAAUUUCAGCUCAAUUCAACUCAAAUUGAUUAGGAUUCCAAAUGGGUAGUUCCCUUUUUAGCUUUUAUUUGAUUGAAUCAAAUCCUACCUUUUCUGGGUUCUUGCAAUAUCUUUUUACCAUAUUUAUAUGAUAUUGAAAUUUUGUUUUGUUAUCUUCAAUUGGAAAUUCAAAAAAUAAAAAAAAUAACCCAGAUUUUAUUUUCUUUUCAUUUUUUUUGGGUUUUUAGUUCUUUAUGGAAUUGGGUUUAUCAAAAAGUUUGAAUCUUUGUUGUUUUCAUUAGCUAAGUAAUUAUGAUUAGGUUGUGCUAUUUGUGGAAAAAUCUUCAAGUUUUGAUUGAUCUUGAUUUGUUAUGUGGGUUUGUGCUGUAUGCUAUUGAACAUCUGGUUAACACUCAAUUAACACUUUCUGCUCAUUUGAUUUAAGUCAAAGGAAGUGUUUUGACAAAUGAUGUAUGACAUCAAUUUGAUUACAACUAUAAUUGGAUUUGGGAUGAGCUCCAUUUUCAUAAUGUUUAUAUGCACAAGGCUAAUAUGUAGGAGGCUUCAAGUGACAGAUUCCAGAAGAAGUGCUGAUACCGAACCCGAAAUCGAUGUUGAGCAGCCAGAACAAAGGACUGAUGGUCUUGAACCCUUUGUGGUUGCUGCGAUACCCACGAUGAAGUUUCAUCGGGAUGCAUUUAGCUCUGCCGAAGAUUCUCAGUGUUCAAUUUGCUUAGGGGAGUAUCAAGAAAAAGAAGUCUUAAGAAUUAUGCCCAAAUGUGGCCAUAGUUUUCAUCUUUCCUGCAUUGAUCCCUGGCUGAUGAAGCAAUCUACUUGUCCUGUUUGUCGUCUGCCCUUGAAACAUUCUUUUGACCCAAAGCACACAAGGUUGGAUGAUGAUUUCGAAGAGGGUUUAAUUCAGUUGUCGGUACCUGAUUCGAGGCAUUCAGCAGGCUAUAUCAGCAGCCAACAGCAUCACCAAUCAACAUCUAGCAACCCAGAAUUCAAUUUGGAUGGAGAUUCAGAGCCUAGGAAUGUAGUAUAAAAGGAAUUGGUCCUUCCUAUCUCUGGUUUAACAUCAUUGAUCUUCAGGAUCAUCAGAAGCAACCUUAUGCAAGAACCUUUCUUAACAAAAGCGAAAGAUGGGUUUUCUUUGGGGGUUGUUCAAGGCAUGAACGUUAGAGAGUGUGAAUAGUAUCUUACAGUUACAGGUAGAAUUUCUUGUCAAAUAUUCAUUGUGCUUCGAGUUUGAUUGUUAAAAUGUGUGAAUUUUCUUAACAUGAUUUGAAGGAAAUUUUCCAAUAGCGUAAAAGAGAAAGAGUCUGUUGAUCAUCAAACAAUUCAUGUAACAGAUGCACUAGAUUGGUUUGAAUAUGUGUACACGAAUCCUAUCUGAAAAUCUUAAUCGAAGAGUUUUCUGAACCUGGAA